CUCCGCUCCGUCAAAUCACAACGGGGGCGCCGCCGCCGCAGUCUGAGGUCUUCAACCCUCCGAGGGAACCCCUUAAACUGCUCAGAGUUCGGGCUUUUGUUCGGAUGAUACCGGAGUGGAGACGCUCGAACAACCCAAGCAUGACAAUUUGUGACGGUUUGCUACGUCUUGCCAUGUCGGCGUAGCGAGAAAAGUCCGGAAAAGUCUCCGCCGUCCGUAACAAUAAGCCGAGCUGUACAGAGCAAAGCCGUCGAGUAUUUCCCUAAUCUUUCGCUGUUAUUAUCGGUUUCAUUUUGAUUUUUUUUCGGGGAAUGUACCUUUUCCGAACCGGUCUGGACGUGUUGAGGUGUUUUUAAAGUCGGGAUAGCUCUACUUUGUUCUUAUUUGGACUUUGUUGCGUCGCCGCACCAUGUUGCCGAGCACGGCGCAGUACGCCAUGAAGAAACGGAAGAAGCCGGUGCAGAAAACGCCCAAGCCGCCUCCACCCGACGGCACCAAGUCCAACCCGUCCAAGCGCCACCGGGACCGCCUCAACGGGGAGCUGGACAAGCUCACCAGCCUGCUGCCGUUCCCGGAGGAGGUGCGGGCGCGGCUCGACAAGCUGUCGGUGCUGCGGCUCAGCGUCGGCUACCUCAAGGUCAAGAGCUUCUUUAACGCCGUUAUGAAAGCCGGCCCGAACGGCUCCAGCUGGAGCAGCGAGCAGGAGCGGCUGUUUGGAGGGAACGUCCAGAGCGCCGCGCCGCCGUCGCUCUCCGCCUCCUUCUCCACGGUGACCACCUCCAUCGACGGAGUCAGCUUCUCUGAGGGAGACCUGCUGCUGCAGGCGCUGAACGGCUUCGUGUUGGUGGUGACGGCUGAAGGUUACGUCUUCUACACGUCGCCCACCAUCCAGGACUUCCUGGGCUUCCACCAGUCGGACGUCGUCCAUCAGAGCGUGUUUGAGCUGAUCCACGCAGAUGACCGCGCGCUCUUCAGAAGCCAGCUUCACUUCUCCUUCGACCCCGACGCAGACGGAUCCGAGAGUCCCAGUGAGCAGAACAGCGCUGACAUCAGCACCAACGUGGUGGCCUACGACCUCCAGACCAUCCCUCCUGAGAACUCGUCCUUCCUGGAGAGAAACUUCUGCUGUCGUUUCCGCUGCCUCCUGGACAACUCGUCUGGCUUCCUGGCUCUGAACUUCCGCGGCCGGCUCAAGUUCCUCCACGGACAGAACCGGGUGUCUGAGAACGGGUCGCUGGUUUCACCUCAGCUGGCUCUGUUCGCUAUCGCAACGCCGCUGCAGCAGCCGUCCAUCCUGGAGAUCCGCACUAAGACGCUCAUCUUCCAGACCAAACACAAGCUGGACUUCACACCCAUCGGCAUCGAUGGCAGAGGGAAGAUCGUUCUGGGCUACAACGAGGUGGAGAUCAGCAUGAAGGGUUCAGGCUACAGCUUCAUCCACGCCGCCGACAUGAUGUACUGCGCCGACAAGCAUCUACGAAUGAUCAGAACCGGAGAAACUGGCUUCACCUACUUCAGACUGCUGGCCAAAGAUCGGCGCUGGGUCUGGGUCCAGGCCAACGCCCGGCUGCUCUAUAAGGACGGGCGGCCAGAGUUCAUCGUGGCGCGGCAGCGAGCGUUGACGAACGAGGAGGGGGAGGAGCAGCUGCGCCUGCGCCAGCUGCAGCUGCCCUUCAACUUCGCCACCGGCGAGGCGCAGCUGUACGAUCUGCCGCUGAGCCUGGAGAACCUGGACGUGCCGGACCUCUGCUCCGCGCCCAAACUCCGGAAGAUGGAGGGAGAACCCAGCAACUCCAACUCCCUGCUGGACUGCCUGCGGAGCCAGGGCCGCGCGGCCUACUGCAAGCACGAGAACCCCAACAGCAUCAGCUCGCUGAGCGAUGUGGUGUUCCAGGACACGCACGCCACCGUCAGCAUCCCCCAGGAGCUGCAGGCGGAGCCGGCGGCCGGCGUGCCGCUGCUGCGCAUGGACCCCACCAUCCAGGACAUGGUGGAGACGCUGGAGCAGCUGUUCGGCGAAGCGGACCUGAUCGAGGCGGUGGACGUCGGGCCGGAGGAGCUGCAGAGCUGGGAGAACUCUCUGAUGAACUUCACCGCCGGCAACCAGGUGUUCCAGGACGACAUGAACGACCUGCUGAGCAGCGACAUCCUGACCUACGUGGCAGAGCAGCUGCAGACCGAGGGCGGCCUGGACAAGAUCCAGAACCGCAACCCGGAGCUGGCCGGGCAGCAGGACUUCAGCUGGCCUGUCCAGAACCACAUCCAGAACCAGAUCCAGAACCAGAACCAGAUCCAGCCGCCGCUCUCUGGGUCAGCCAAGCUCAGCCACCUGGACUUCCCUCCCAUGACUUCUGCUGGGCUCAACGGCCUGCAGGUUCCGGUUCCGUCUUCCCUUCAGCUGGGCAGCUCCUCAAACAUGACCUUUAACCCUUCGUGUCGUCAGCACCAGGUUUUUAAAAGCAGCCCUACAGAGUUAACGGACCCGGACCAGAACCCAGUGUUUAUCUUUAAAGGCUCCCAGUGGGGCGAGUCCGGCCCAGCCCAGAACUUUGUAGAACCCUACGCCCCGAGUAUUUCAAGCGGUGCCGACAUUCAGCCGCCGCUGUCCGGGUUCCAGCCCAACCCCACCAUCCAUAACGCCUUCAGAACCCCCGAGCCCGACCUGUUCCCCAACCAGCUGGACUGCAUGUUCAGAACCGCCGCCGCGCCGCUGUCCAACGGCGUCCUUCACGGCCAGGCCAGAACCGACCCGGACUUCUUCCACAUGCCGGCCAAGGCCACCUGCUGCUACCAGGCGCUGCCUGCGGGCGGCGCUGUUGCGGCGGCGCUGCCAUCGCAUAAAGAGGCGGCGCUGACCUACCAGGUCAAGUCCAACGGCCAGACAAUUCAGCAACACUUUCUACACUUCAGUGACAACACACAGAUGGACAACCGUCCCAUCGUUGGGAACGGAGGAUUCCCCUUCACCUUGCUGCCCAACGGGAAAACCUGCCUGACAGAGAACAAAUAGGACCGCCGAGACGCCUGGACUCCAACCCGGACUGAAAAUCGGACUCAUCCGUGGAAAACCGUAAAGACUGGAGCGACUAACGAGGGUUAGACUGAAGAACGGGCGAAGGACAAGUUCAGCUUUGGUUCAGGUUUGGUGGUGUUGGUUCGAGAAGACAAUCAGGACUGGGGAAAUAUCUCCUCUUUUAUAGGACUUAUUAAGCAAUUUGGAGGAUUUUAUUGUAAUACUUCCUCAUAUAGGAAUCAGGAGUUUUCAAAUUAACCAUAAAAAAGGAAGAAAAAUGUUUUGAGUCAUUUUUCCUUCACAUUUAACGGUGAGAAGCAGCAGAAAGUCGUGUGGAGUGUUCAUAAAGCAUUAAAAACAUUUAUUUAAAACACUUUUUAUCGCACACAGGCAGUUUGAGGAGGUUGGAAGUGAAUUUAAGUAAAACGGGACAGAAUGUGAGCGGUUCGGUUCACCACUAGGGGGCAGCAGUUACAAACCUGAGUGAUUCUUAAUCUAAACGACUUCAGCGCCUAGAGGCCGGAGGUGGUAUUGCGCUCACACCCAUUUGUUGCUCAUUUUAUCCCCAUUUAAAAAAAAAGAAAACGACGAGAACACUGAACCAGCCGCGAGUUUUUCCCGCUGUCGUGUUCAGCGCACAAAUGUUCCGCUCCGACCCGAACGCCGAGCCGGGUCGACGGUCGCUGUUUGGUUGUUUGGUUGCUGUUCUAAUCUGUCUCCUUUGAGUUCAUUUCAACUGUCCUGCAGCGGGGAAGAUUUGCUUUGCAAGCAGACAGGGUAUAAUAUAAAACCAUGAACAUAAACGCACAGCAGAGUGACGUCAUCAUCCUACUACGAGCCUGGAAGUCGAGUCGAUUCAGUGAAAUCAGCUGCUUGUUUGUAUUUUUUAAAGCUUUGUCUCUGAGCCAGAUCUUUCUCUUCCUUUCAUUUUAGUUUAUUUUAUUUGUUUCUUCUGAUGUUUUGCUCUUUUCUUGUCAGGGGGUUAAAAUACAGACGGUGCCUUAAACUGAUGGAGCUUUAAAAAAAAAACAAAAAGGGAAAAUAUUUUAAAAUUGACCAAAUUUACUUUAUUAGUUUAAAGCCAAACUUUGAGAUUUGUUUCACUUUAAGGUGUUUGAUUUGCCAAAGUACAGAAACACUUAGGAUUAGAUUCCUGGAGCCACUUUAUGAAACUAAACAGGCACAAAUUAAAACUUUAGCACUUAAUUUUUAAAGAGUAACUCUCACUGCACUGUUUGCACUAGAUUUAAAGAUAAAAGUUUAUUUUAGUAAGGCUCACAUCCUCCUCUGUGUCUCCACAUCCUUAAACCCGUCCAGCAGCAAAACACAGAAGUAAGACAGUGUAAGGCAGCUAAUGUAUAUAUGAAAUAAGGAAAAUAAAUGGAAAAUCAUUCAUAGAUGCCUUUUAAUUGACCUAGUUUUAACAGUUCAGCCCAAACUGAGCCAACUUUAGUAGCGCUUCUUCCAGAAUAAGAAAAACGAAUCGUUUUCAUCAGAUUUUAGAGGAAACAGACUUGAAUGAAACCAAACUUUUGUAACCAAAGCCAUGUAAGAAGCUUUAGUCCUGAGGAUACCAAAGGGAAUGUAACGUAAUUAACAUUUUCCGUAACGUUCAUUUGUUUGUGGUUUAAACAUUUUUAACCACAAACACGCUCAGGUCUCACCGCGACGUUUAUCCGAUCUGCUCCAGGUUUCCUGUUGGUUUAAAUGUUUUGCACAAGUCAGACAUGGAACUCUGGGAAAUGUAGUUGUCCUGCAUUCAGCAGUUUUUACUGGAGAGCUUCUGGAAAUGAAUGAAACUCCCUGAACGUUUCCUCAUGGAGCCGAACGUCGGUGACGUCUGGAGCUCAGAUUCAGUUAGAAAUCCAAACCCAGCAUGAAGCGCUUCAUCCUCAGUCAGUGCCUUUGUUUCAUAAAGUAUUCUAUGUAUAGAGAUAUAAAUAUAUAUUGUUACUCGCUCUUACACUAUGAAAAGUCUUUAAUAUUUGACCUAUAUGCUUCAAACCUAAGGAAGCCUCCAUUAUGCAGUAUCUAUCUGUGUUUGUACAUACAUUCAUAUGUGUAAUCUGUCAUAUAUUCUGUAUUGUAAUAAUUAUUGCCUUUAUUUGACCUUCUGUUAUUUUGAAUAUUUUCUGCACAGCUCAUACGUAACCUUCUGCUCUCCUGUAUUUUUGUCUUUCUGCUUCGUUGUGUCUCAAUAUUUGACCUUUAAAUCUGUAUCUGAGUGUUUGAGUCAGACUGUAAAUCUCUGACAUAUUAAAGGUGAUCUGAUCACUGCA